AUGUCUUCUUUGAACAUGUUCUUUUCUCCCAUAGUUACCCCUCAAAGGAGAGUAAGAAGUGCAGCCACAGCAGCAAAAUCCUCAGGUGGAGGCAGCGAGGAGAAGGGCAUUUUGGACUUUAUCCUCGGGAGCUUGACCAAACAAGAUCAGUUCUAUGAAACUGAUCCAAUCUUGAAGAAGGUAGAGGACGGGAAGAGCGGCGGCACCACGUCCCCGGGCAACGGAGACCGGAAGAACUCGGUGGUAGUGCCACCAGCCAAGAAGAAGGAUGGUGGGUUUGGCGGCCUUGGGGGACUCUUUGCCAAAAAAUGA